AUGGUGAGUGAGAACUAUGAGUUCUGGAGCAUACGGAUGAAAACCAUCUUCAAGUCUCAUGGGCUUUGGGAAUUUGUUGAGAAAGGGGUAGAGAUCUCAGUUUCGAAGGGAGCUGCUGGAUCUGAUGAGAAGAAGAAAGACAAGGAGGACUCAAGUAGUGCUGAGAAGAUAUCUCUCACAGAGGCACUUAUGAAAGAUUCUAAAGCUCUUGGACUAAUCCAAGGAGCAGUUUUUGAGGAAAUUUUUCCUAGGAUUGCUCAUGAAGAAACCUCAAAGGGAGCCAAGAAUCUCUUGAUGCGAGAAUUUCAUGGAGACAAACAAGUGAGAGGUGUAAAAUUACAAAGUUUACGAAGAGAUUUUGAAUAUACUAGGAUGAGGGAUGAUGAAUCUUUGUCUACUUAUCUUGCAAAACUGUUUGAUCUUAUAAAUCAAAUGAGAAGUUAUGGAGAAGAAUUACCUAAGGGAAGAGUAGUGCAGAAAUUUUUGAUUAGUUUGCCUGCUAUGUAUGAUCCUAUAUAUUCUGUGAUUGAGCAUUCGAGGGAUAUAGAUACAAUUGAAGUUCAAGAGGUUGUUGCCUCAUUGAAAGGUUUUGCACAGAGAUUGGAGAGACACACUGAGCCUAAAACUGAGAAAGCAUUUGCUAGUCUCAGUGUGAAUUCUAAAACUGAUAAACCUACAGGAAAGCAGAGUGCUAAAGAUCAAAAGAGUUGGAAGACAAGAGACAAGAAGUGGGAAAACAAAUCCACUGAUGGUGCUAAGAAUCCAUGUAAGCAUUGUGGAAAAUUUCAUUAUGGAGAAUGUAGAUUUAAAGGAAAACCAAAGUGUUACAACUGUGACAAGUUGGGACAUAUUGCAAAAGACUGCUAUAGCAAGAAACCUGCACAGCAACAGCUGAACUAUGCAACUCAAGCUCCUACUGCACCAACUAUGUUUUUUGUCAACAAUGCAUAUGAUAAAAGGCCUAUGGAAGAUGUUUGGUACUUGGACAGUGGUUGUAGUAACCACAUGACUGGCAGGGAGGAUGUUUUGGUUGACAUUGAUAAAAGCAUAACGGCAAAGGUUGCAAUGGGAACAGGACAGUUGGUUGAUGUCUUGGGAAAAGGAAGUUUGGUAGUUGACACAAAGAUGGGAAAAAGAUAUAUCAAAGAAGUGAUGCUUGUAUCUGGUCUCAAGGAGAAUUUGCUUAGUGUUGGACAGAUGAUGGAACAUGGAUACUUUCUGAUUUUUGGAGAUAGCAAAGCAGAUGUCUAUGAUGAUGGCUCACUGUCUACUCUGGUGGCUAGAGUACAGAUGAAAGUGGAAUCUUUUCCAAAAGAAGCAACAAGCAGAGCUGCGAGUCCACUUGAAUUGGUACACAUGGAUGUUUGUGGACCAAUGCAAACUACUACAAAGUCAGGAAAUAGAAGUGAUAGAGGGGGUGAGUAUACUUCUACAGAAUUCAGCAAGUUUUGUGAUGACAUGGGAAUGGAAAGGCAGCUGAUAGUUGCUCAUUCUCCACAGCAGAAUGGUGUAGCUGAAAGGAAGAAUAGAUCAAUUGUUUAA